GGGAGAGCUGCAGGGUGAAGAGGGCAUGACCGCGAGCCCCGGCUCUCCUGUGCAAAACAAAGAAGCACCCAGGGCAUCACCCGAGGAGAACAUAGAUGUCAUGGAGCCUGGAGCUGAAGUCGAAACUCCACAGGAGAAUCAGACAAUCCGAGUAAUCGAAACAGCUGAUGUAACCCAAACGCCGAGAGGAACUCCAGGACAAAUUCCCAAAAAGCCAUCGGAAGCAUUUUCUGCUGAGGAAGAACCUGAAGAGGAUCUUGUUGAGGAGGAUUUCCCACCUCCUCCUUUCUCUUUCAGUGACUCAUCAGAAGUAGAAAGCUGUGAGAAAGAAGAAGGUUUUUCCAGCUUCGAGGACGAGGCGAGUGAGUGGAUCAGUGUGGAGGAAGUCAUUUUAGACCCAACAGAGGACCUCACUUCUUUUCAGAGCCAGAACAGCCGAGAAAGGCCAAAGACCCCUCAGGUUAGUGAGCCAAUUUAUCAGGAGGAAGAUAAAAUAUCAAAAACUAAUUCAGCAGUGGAGCAAAAUGUUGACAGCAGUUGUACAUCUCAGCCUGUCCAACACCCUCACACUGUCAACUCCCCUCUAUGUGCUGAUGAAAACGAUGAAGAGGAAGAGGGAGCAACUCUGCAGCAGUGGAACACGUUUGAUUUGAGCUGCAAGGUUUCCCAGGCCUCCUGCUCUGCGACGGCARAGACAGAACAGGAGGAGGAGCUGUUGCCACAGAGGCGGCGUGAGCUCAACCCCAGGGGAGAGAUCCAGGAAGCAGCACAACAGGUGUCUGACCAGGGAUCUCCACCUUUGUCUGCUGUUGCCAUGGAGCCUCCCGAUCAGGGCGGGGAAGCUUCUCGAGGCUGUGGCGGUGUCGCAGCCGUAAGAGAAAGGGUGGGGGAGAGGACAGGAAGAGAAAACAGGCAGACAGGUGAAGAGGAAGGGCAGGAAGAGAGCAUUCUUGGAGAGAUCAAGUGGGCUGAGUGGUCAGGCAGCUCAGAACUGUUAGGAUACCAACAAACAGGCCAGACUCAAGAGGCUCAGACUGGAAAAUACAGCUGCAGUGGUCCUUCCACAGAGAGCAGAAACACCAGGAUGAAGAAUAACACGUCUGAUACUAACCAGAGUGAAAAUGGAGUAUCAGAGGACGUCUCACCAUACAGAAMUCUGGAGGGCACCACCGUCUCUCCAGCAGGCUCCCCGGCACCAGAGACUCCCAUCGAGCGGGAGAUCCGACGGGCCAUCGAGCGAGAGAAGAGCCUGAGAAGGUCCAGAGGUCUUCCUAACCCUCGCACCUCUCCUGAGUACGUGGAGAUCCCUUUAAGGAAAGGUCUUCUAAGUCAGUCAGUGACAGCUAAGUGGUCUCAGAACAAAGACAGGGAAUUYGCAGGCAAGAAGAUGCAGCAGGAGAUCCACGAGGAGAGUCGCAGGGAGCAGGAUCUGGUCAGGAGUGGGAAAGUUCCUGGGUUUUACGACAAAGGUACGGUUCCCCARAUAAGAGAAAGCAAGCAGCUUUUUGAGGCCUUUCAGGCACCUCGGGACUCAACUCUUCUGGUCUCGGCCAAAACUAAGACCUCAUCCUUGUCUUCUGGUAGUACCGAGGAUUUAUCCAUGGAGAGUCAAGAGGACGUUCCAUCCAGAGUCUCCACUUUAAGUAAUUCACACCCAGAGAGGAAAACCAUCCUGUUGAACUCCACACAGAACAGAAACCCUGCCGAAGGAGGUUCAAAUGACUCCACUCUCCGAGGACCAGGACUCUCUGAGGGGACAAGUUGUCAGAUCACCAUUUUGGAAAACAGCCAGACUGGUCCGGCACAGAAACAGAACCGUGUCAAAGCUGAGGCGAAGGCUGCUAAUGCUGCAAACCCUUCCAAGUCAUCGGGCGAGGCAAGACUGGGGACUGAGCAGGGACAGGAGGACGUGGCAUCUAAGGAGAACCCCUUUUUCAAGUUACGCUCCUCCACUAAUUUAGUGAAAGUAAAGCAGGAUAUCCUGGAGUCCAAAGAGAGGGAGAUGGAGCUUCGCAAAAUGCGAAUCAGCCUGUAUGGGGGUAUGAACGGUGCUGUAACAUCUUCAAGGACGGAGCCGACUCCGCCUGAAGUUCCCGAGUCAUCAGCCAAGAUGGGAAGAGGAUCCUCAACAGCGCGUCAGUCAGGGAGCAGGUUGUCUGCGUGGCCCCCGGUUCCGGCUGAAGAGGCAAAGAUUAACCAGCCAGAGGUUCUCCAGAGUCCUCGAACCCCCAGGCAAAAGACUCCUCUAGUGCAGCUUUGGGAGUCGGGCCUGGUCAACGGCCACAACCUGGAGGAUGACUGAGAAUGAAUGAAAGUUUAUAGAGACUUGUACUUUUUUUUAAAAAAAUACAUGGUGAAAUCAAAGGAAAAAUAAUCUAUUAAAUAAAAGAAAACAUCAAUGGUCAUUAAUGAUGGAGAAGAGGAGAGCAAGAAAAAGUAAAGAAAACUUUGACCAAUACAGAGGAGAGGCUUCUGUACAAAACAGGCAUGGGUCAGCUGGGUUUAUACUGCGGUGUCAAAAAGUCCCAGAGUCAAAACCGCUAAACAUUUCUGUCACUCCAGUUCUACAAAAAAGUAAAGAAGGAAACAUG